AUGGUGACAAAGAAUACUACCCCUCCUGCCUCGAGUGUCACAGCUCCAAACCUCCAACCAAGUUUCACACACCAUGAAGCAGGCACACAGUUUGGGUUUUCUCCAUUCAUUAUUCCUCCUGGUACAGAGCCUGACCUGCAGGCACUCAACAACCCCUACGUUGCUGCAGCUAGGGAGAAGCAGGCUCUUUCAGCAGGUUUAGAUAAUGCAAGACUUGUUCCUACUGCUGCUACCUUGGCAAACCAGUAUCUGACGCCAGUACCUUCAAGGACCAUGUUAGUUGCACAUCAGUCUGAUGCUAACUCGGACUUCCUUCAGAACCUAGAACCUACCCUUUGGCCAAUUAGUGAUGAACGCCUAGGUCACCCUGGACUGCAAGAUUCAGGAUCUGAAAGUUCGCAGACAUCUAGCGAGGGUGGUGAUGGAGACACUGACGAUGAAGAGGAAGAGGAAGAUCAUGUAGACGAUAGAGUUGGCUGGGGAGCAGCACAUGGGCGCAUGACUACACAUCCUGGUUUUUCAAAGGAAGAUAUACCAUCUCAACCCCGUGUCACCCUCACUCAUCCAACCAACUUCGAUUUUCAACAUUUGCGCAAUGAAGGUGAUAAUGACAUGGAAAGAUCGUUGGAAAAUAACAUCUCCAGCACUGAUGAUAUCGCGAACAAGUCAAGCGACACAAAGGUCAAGACUGAAUCAGGACAAGCAAAGGAACCAGGCGAUGGACCUAAGGCCAUGCAAUUAGGCUGGUAUGGUCCGCGGUGGAAAAGAUUCCUUGAGGAUACAAAGGGCGAAUAUUGUGCCCAACAUGCGAUAGAAAACCCAUUCCCAAAACUCGUGAAAGAUUUAACAGGUUCUGUCAAUGAGGUCCUCAUGGCUUCGCUUGUAGAAUGGCUCGAAGAGGGUAUUUGGCCUGAUCACAAGCACGAUAUGGCAAAACUGCUGUAUGAAGAUUUAUCAACGUGGCACUCAGAGCUCAAGAAGGUUGUUGCAGGUAUCAUGCCCUCCAUGUACAACCUGAUCCCUCCAUUGCAUGUCCUGCCUGAACAACGUGCUACCUGGAUUGAAGAAGCUGCUAAGAAGUUGCUGGAAGAUGCUAUCUUUCUAUGCUACGGUGUCGAUCAAAAUGGAAAGACUAACAAUGCAGCUCAUCCUGAUCUUACCAUAUUGCUCGCAGGAGACUGGAUGUCUUCUGGAAUGAGUUACCACUUGAAUGCUUGGCACUGGUUUGCACUGCAGAAUGGCCAUGGAAAAUCAUUCCCGAAGUUCAGCACCAAGGAAUAUGCAUCUCUCUAUACUGUUAUGCUUGCCAUGCUCAAAUCAAUCAUGGAGGACCCUUACCACGGACUGAAACUAAUGCGACAACUUCAUUCCUGGGCUGAAUCUGGAUGGGUGCAGUCCUACAAGAUUGACGGCAGCCUGAACGACAAUUUGAAGCAUUCUCAUUUAAAGAUCAUCCUUGAUUGA